GCAGUCGUUCAAGUGCCGUCGACACUUGAACAUCGCAGUUCCUCUUUGCGCUAUUUUUCGCGUUGUUUUCAAUUCGUUUUGACUUUUUAAACGUUUCUUCUUCUGUAACAGUUUUAUCUAGCCACAGUUUGGACAGAUCAUUCAUAAAGGCUGUAUAGCAUUUCAAGUGUCGCCUAUAUCCAUUCGUCGCACAAUCCCAUCCAAAAAGAUUUUUGUUUGUGGAUGAAUUGAUGAGAAUGGAGGACGUUCAUCAUCCGCAUCACCACCAUCCGUACCAGCAUCAGGACAUGAUGCGGUCGGGUUCGAUGCACAACAACAACAAACUCCACAACAACAACAACAUUCUCUCCUCUUCCAUGGCGUCCAUGGCGUCGUUGGCGGCCUCUGUCGGCAUGUCCGUUCCAUCCAACCAACACCUUCCGCUUUCAGCUUCGUCUGGGCAGCAGCAGCAGCAACAGAUGAUGUUGGGCGUCCAGCAGCAGCAACAGCAGCCGGUCAUCAGUCACCUGUGCGCCGGCUGUGGGCAGCUCAUCAAGGAUCGCUACCUCCUCCAGGCCCUGGACUCGUACUGGCACGAGGAUUGUCUCAAGUGCAGCUGCUGCGGCUGCCGACUGGGCGAGGUCGGCUCCAAUCUCUUCACAAAAGCCAAUUUGAUCCUCUGCAAAAGAGAUUACCUCAGGUUAUUCGGAGCGACGGGCAAUUGCGCCGCUUGUUGCAAAGCCAUUCCGGCCUUUGAGAUGGUCAUGAGAGCCAAAAGCAACGUCUACCAUCUCGAUUGUUUCGCCUGCCAACAGUGCCACCAGAGAUUUUGUGUGGGCGAUCGGUUCUACCUGUGCGACAACCAAAUCCUCUGCGAGUACGACUACGAAGAGCGGCUCAUUUUCGCCAAUUUGGCAACUUCUUCUUCUUCUUCGAAUUCUUCCGGUUGCGUCAAUCAACAACAACAACAACCGGCGACGGCCCAGCCAUUCAACAACAGGACACCUCUCCUCCCACCACCCACUCUCCCCACCUCUUCCUCCCCUUCGACGAGUCACCACCGGCAACCGGAAGAAUCAACUUCCACCAACAUCACGGCGCGAAUUAUCUGGAACAACCCGACCGGAACGUCCAGCAGCUUCGCAUCGAAUGUUGUUGGGGAGGCCAACAACAUUGGCGAACCUUCAUCCUCCACAUCGCCAGACACUUCAGCUGCUGGGCACGUCGAAGAAGCUGCUGGACUCUUGUCCGGCAAUAUCAAACCGAAAUUCCAUCAGCCGGACCAUUCUUCUCCGGGUGGUGGUGAUGGCGGGCAACAACAACAGCAACAACUACAACAACAACAACAAGUGGUCGAACACGACGCCUCGUCCAGCGGCUACGGUAGUCCCGACUCUGGGGGCCUCAUCGACGAGGGUUAAAUUUAUAAAUUUUGAAAUAAAAUUUAAAAAACGAAAUAAUUUCUAAAUCAUUUCAAUUCAAAUCGAGUCAAAUACGGGCGAGACAUUCCGCACAAAAAAAAUUGUACAUUUUCCGCAUUUAUUUAAAAAAAGAAAUGAAUUCAAAUCAAUUGAAUUUUGAUAUCAAUGUGAUCGAUCUGUGGAAAAAUUCCCACCCAAAUAUUUGUUUUGAAUAAUCGUGGCCGUUAUAAUUAUUUAUUAAAUAAUUCAACGUUUUCUCAUCUGAUUAUAUUAUACACGGCGGGGAAAAUUGUUUUGAGUGUUCUCAUCUUUAUGUU